AUGAGGUCAUCUGAAAUUCAAAAAGAUAUUGUAAAUGCAUGUGCAACAGGAACAAUUAACGAUAUUGUUGAGGACCUUGGUGAAGAUUACUUUGGUAUACUUGUGGAUGAAUCUCGUGAUGCAUCACAUAAAGAACAAAUGGCUCUUGUUUUGCGGUAUAUUGAUAGGAGGGGGCCCAUGAUGGAGAGGUUUAUUGGAAUUAUUCAUGUUCGUGAUACUUCUACUUUGUCUUUGAAAAAAAUAGUUGAUUCUUUGCUUUCUAACUAUUCACUGAGUCCAUCGUAUAUACGUGGACAAUGUAAUGAUGGAGCGAGUAACAUGCAAGGAGCUUCUUUUAGGCACAGAAAAGAUAUUCAAGAAGAUCAAGCAAAAAACCUUCAAGAGACAUUACGUGCGGGUGAGCUUGAAACUGGAUGGGGAUUAAAUCAACAACUUGAUCUUAAAAGAGCUGGUGACACUCAUUGGGGUUCUCAUUACAAAUAUCUUAUCAAUUUUAGUGCUAUGUUUGGAUCAUUGAUUGAUGUGCUUGAUAACAUUGCUAGUGAUACCCAUGACCUUGAUGAUAGAUUUAAAGCAUAA